AUGGCUCUCCAAGCCGCCCCCACCAAGCGCGGCUCCCGCAAGGAGCAAGUAGUCUCCAACGUCCCCAAACGUAUCAAAGAAGUCAAAUUCGGUAUUCUCUCAACCCAAGAUAUGGUAAAACAAGCGGUAAUCGAAGUCUCCACCGAUCGACUAUUCAACGAAACGGGCCGUCAACCCACCGAAAAUGGUGUUCUGGACCCGCGCAUGGGUAUCUCGAAUAAAACCGACACGUGUAAAACCUGCGGCGAGAAUCUACAGGCUUGCAAUGGACAUUUCGGACACGUUAAAUUGGCCUUACCGGCUUUUCAUAUUGGGUAUUUUAAACAUAUUAUUUCUGUGCUGCAGAAUAUAUGUAAAGAGUGUUCGGCCAUAUUGUUGGAUAGUUCGAUGAGGAGAUCUUAUUUGAAGGAGAUUAGGAAACCUGGAAUAGAUAAUCUGCGAAGAGUGCAGAUUUGCAAGAAGAUUAAUGAGCAGUGUAGGAAGACUAAGGCAUGUUUUGUGUGUGGCGCUAUCAACGGGACAGUGAAGAAAGUUGGUCCGUUGAAGGUUAUACACGACAAAUUCAGGGCAUUUAAUUCCUCGAAUGCGGCGUCGAAAGUUCCGCCGGAGGCAAAGGUUAUCUUCGAUAAAUCAUUUAUGGAGGCGAAGAAAACGAACCAGGAUUUAGAUAAACAUAUUCGAAAAGCCAUGGACGAUUUGAAUCCCCUCAAGGUGUUGAAUCUGUUCAAGAAGGUCUCGCCGGCAGAUUGUGAGCUGCUGGGUAUGGAUCCAGGUCAAGGGCGGCCUGAAAUGUUCCUGUGGCAGUACAUGCCCGCGCCGCCAGUUUGCAUUCGACCCUCAGUUAGUCAGGAGGAUGCGAGUAACGAAGACGACUUGACGGUUAAACUUGCCCAGAUCACAGAAACCAGCGCCCUUAUCCGGGCGGGUCUAUUAAAGGGAAUACCGAUACAAACGCUUAUGGAACAGUGGGAAUGGAUGCAGUUACAAAUUGCGCAAUACGUCAACAGCGAUCUACCCGGUGUACAGUUGCAAGGAACGAAACCGAUCCGAGGUAUCUGCCAGCGGUUGAAGGGUAAACAGGGUCGAUUCAGAGGAAAUUUGUCGGGAAAGCGUGUGGAUUUCUCAGGUCGUACUGUCAUUUCUCCGGAUCCAAAUCUGAGUAUUGAACAGGUUGCUGUUCCUAUGCUCGUUGCGAAGAAUCUGACGUACCCAGAGCGGGUUACGGAUUACAAUCGGGGAAAGCUACAGGAACUUGUGAGGAAUGGAGUUGAUAAAUAUCCUGGUGCGAACUUUGUUGUCAAGAAAGAUCUGCAGUAUAAAACGUGGCUCAAGUUCGGCAAUCGUGACAAGACUGCACAAGAACUUGCAAUUGGCGACAUAGUUGAACGUCACUUGGAAGACGGCGACGUAGUCCUCUUCAACCGACAACCUUCCCUGCACAAACUCUCUAUUCUUAGUCAUUAUGUCAAAGUACGGCCUUGGAAGACUUUUCGGUUGAACGAAUGUGUUUGCAAUCCUUACAAUGCCGAUUUCGACGGUGACGAAAUGAACUUGCAUGUUCCACAGACUGAAGAAGCAAGAACAGAAGCUAUCAAUUUGAUGGGUGUCAAGAACAAUUUGUGUACACCCCGUAACGGCGAACCGAUUAUUGCUGCUAUCCAGGAUUUCAUUACCGCUGCCUACCUACUAUCCAACAAGGACAACUUCUUUGACAGGAAAUCAUUCGCAACACUGUGCAUGUUCAUGGUUAAUGGCAAUGAACAAAUUGACCUUCCACCGCCUGCUGUUAUCAAGCCGGAGGCUAUGUGGACCGGAAAACAGCUGUUCAGCGUUUUGAUUAAGCCGAAUAAGAAGAGCAAGGUUGUGUUGAAUUUGGACGCGAAGUGUCGUGACUUCAAGGCUGUGCCGGGGAUGGCGCCCGAUUUAUGUCCGAAUGAUGGAUGGUUGGUUAUUAGAGGGUCCGAAGUUAUGUGUGGUUUAAUGGAUAAAUCUACCGUUGGGUCCGGAAAGAAGAGCUCGGUCUUCUACGUUAUUCUCAGAGAUUAUGGGGCGGACGAGGCAGUUGCUGCCAUGAACAGAUUGGCAAAACUCUGUGCUCGAUGGCUUGGAAAUCGUGGGUUCUCGAUCGGUAUCAAUGAUGUUUCUCCCGGACAAAAACUGCAGGAUUUGAAGCAAAUGCACGUUAUGGCGGCGUAUAAGGAGUGCGACAAUCUCAUUGAUGAUUUCAGACUCGGACGGUUAGAAAAGGCCGCCGGUUGCGACGAGGAAACGACGCUUGAAAACAAAAUCUCCGGCGUGCUCAGCAAGGUCCGUGACAAGGUCGGAGAUAUUUGUAUGAGCGAACUGAGCAGGAUGAAUUCACCGCUUAUCAUGGCCAACUCCGGAUCCAAAGGUUCUAAAAUUAACGUCUCGCAGAUGGUGGCCUGUGUCGGACAGCAGAUUAUUAGCGGAAAGCGUGUGCCCAACGGUUUCCAAGACCGAUCUUUACCACAUUUCCAAAAGAACUCUAAGGAGCCGCCGUCGAAGGGUUUCGUGAGAAACAGUUUCUUUUCCGGGUUAACGCCUACGGAGUUUUUGUUCCACGCUAUCUCUGGUCGUGAAGGUUUGGUUGAUACGGCUGUCAAGACUGCCGAGACGGGUUAUAUGUCUCGACGUUUGAUGAAGAGUUUGGAAGAUUUGAGUGCGCAGUACGAUCAUACUGUCAGGAAUUCGAGCGCAGGUGUGGUCCAGUUUCAAUACGGAGGAGAUAACCUGGAUCCCGUGGAUAUGGAGGGUGAUGCGAAACCUGUCAACUUGGUCAGAACGUAUAACCAUGCUGAAAAUUUGACAUGGGAUAACAACGAUCCUAGCCUGCUGCCGUACGAGAUUAUAGCAAUGUGCAGGGAACUCUUGGAUUUCGAUGAGCUUGAGGCUAUGUUGGCAAGGUUGGGACCUACAGAUGAGAUCGACAGUAAAGUUGCCUUCAGGCAAUCGCUGUACCAUUUUGUGAAGGAGAGGGCGGUGGAGUGUGCAAGGAUCCGCGAGAGGGUUGGAUUGAUGGCAUGCUUGGAACCGGUGGAUAGUGAUGAAUAUGAUAUGGGGUAUAUCGAUAGUUUGAAUGCUACGGCGAAAGCAAUUGUCGAUCGUGUCCACAAGAUUUCUGCGCGAACGCUCCGCGAGUUUAUAUCGCAAUGUAUGACGAAGUACUCACGUUCCAAAGUAGAACCUGGUACUGCCGUCGGCGCAGUUGGAGCCCAGUCUAUCGGUGAACCGGGAACCCAGAUGACGUUGAAAACUUUCCAUUUCGCAGGUGUCGCUUCCAUGAACGUUACUUUGGGUGUACCCCGUAUCAAGGAAAUUAUCAAUGCCUCGAAAUCUAUCAGUACGCCGAUUAUUAAAUGCGAGUUGGUGAAUAAAUCGGAUAUUCGCAGUGCGAGAUACGUCAAGGGAAGAAUUGAGAAGACAUAUUUGGAGGAUAUCAUCUUUUAUAUUGAAGAUGUUUGUUCACCGGAUGACAGUUACAUCUCUAUUAAGAUUGAUGAGGCAACGAUCGAUAAACUGGGACUGGAGUUGACGAUUGAAGAUAUUAUGACGGCAAUAACGAGGGCUCCCAAGUUGAAGAUCGAUAAGAGCCAGUUGAAGGUUACCGGGUCGAGGAUAAGAAUUUAUGUUUAUGAGCUGUCGGAGAGGGAGAUGAAGAGGAGUAAAGAGGAUUUGAGCGUUCAUCAACGGAUACAAGCUUUGAAACGGGUUUUACCACGAGUGGUGGUUAAAGGGUACCCCGAGGCUACUAGAGCCGUUAUUUCGACUGAUGAAUCUAGCGGGAAUAAUACACUUUGUGUGGAAGGUUACGGAUUACGACAAUGCAUGAAUACGGAUGGUGUAGUCGGCACGAAGACCAAAACGAACAGUGUCAUGGAAAUGAGAACCGUUCUAGGAAUCGAAGCCGCGAGGUUUACGAUCAUUGACGAAAUUAGUUUUACAAUGAGAGAACACGGUAUGGACGUCGAUCCGCGACACAUUCAACUCCUUGGGGAUGUGAUGACAUACAAAGGAGAAGUUCUUGGAAUCACAAGAUUCGGUCUUGCGAAGAUGAGAGAUUCGGUUUUACAACUGGCUAGUUUUGAAAAGACUACGGAUCAUUUGUUCGAUGCUGCUUUUCAUACUAAGAAGGAUAAGAUCGAAGGUGUUAGUGAGUGUAUUAUUCUGGGACAGAGUAUGGGGAUCGGAACCGGUGCCUUUCAGGUGGUUAGACGGUUGGGGAUGGAUGCGGCGGAUUUGAAACCUAAACGGUGUUUGUUCGAGGAAGGGUUCAGGAGGGGGGUUAGGAUGAGGGUUGGGGCUACUUAG